ACAAAGAAGAAAACAGAAAUUGAGGGAUUGAAUGAGAGAAUUGUUGAUAUGAUAUGAAGAGAAAAAUGGUAUGCGAUUGAAGAUCCAAAAGAACUCUAUAUCUCAUCCGCUUAUUUUGGCGGCAACGAAACCGCUAUUUUCGCCCGCCUCCCCACUCCCCAAAGUCCACUCUUUUCCCUCUUUUUUCCCUUACCUUCCCCUUCUUUCUCCCCCCCCCCCUUCUCCUCUCUCUCUAUUUCCUUUUUUUGCCCCUAAACUCAACUUGGGCUUUCGUGGGUUUACCAGUUAAGCUUCUCUACAUAAUUACCCACAUUCCCCUUUCUUAGAUUUUUCUUCUUGUUCGAAUGUACAGAGCAGCCGACGCCCAGAUAUGGGGUACACUACUGACCGUGCUUCUUCUUUCUCUCUUUCCAGUCUUUUGUGCCAAGAAGAUGCUUCUUUCUUGACUGACGAUGACCAUACUGACCAACCCACUUCCCCUUCCGACCCUCUUCCCUUCUUUUUUGCCGAUGAUGAUGAUGAGUAUUUUGAGAUCUUAGUUGCAAGAGAGACUGAGACUGAAUCUAGGACCCCUUUGCCCGUUAACGAUUCCCCGGCUGCAAUUCAGAGCUGGUUGAGGAGUGUCCGAUGGGAUGCUGUUGAGUGGAUUCUUAAAAGUCGGGUACUUUUUGGAUUUCAAUUUCAUACUGCGUAUCUAUCCAUCAGCUACUUCGAUCGAGUUUUAUCAAUCCGUAACCUACAAAAGAGGUCGUGGAUUUUCCGAUUGUUGGCUGUAGGGUGCUUGUCACUGGCUGCUAAGAUGGAGGAAUCUAAAACCCCUAAGUUAUCGAGCCUUCAAGUAGAGGGAUUUGAUAUGGAAAGCAAGGCAAUUCAAAGAAUGGAACUGUACAUUCUCAAUACUUUGGGAUGGAGAAUGAGCUCAGUUACUCCCUUUUCUUAUUUGCAGUAUUUAAUAAGAACGAUCUUUGUCGAUUCCAAUUCACAAGGAUUACUCUCUAAAGCUGCGAAGUUUGUAAUGGCGACAGUGAAAGAGAUUAACUUGGUGGAUCAUAGACCAUCUAUUAUAGCAGCUGCUUCAUUAUUAGCUUCAUCUGAUGCUCAGAUGACAAGAGAACAACUGGAGCUUAAAUUGAAAGCGAUAACUUCAUUUGGGUCUUUAGAAUAUGAAGAUGUCUUCUUUUGCUAUAAUCUGAUGCUAAAAACAGAGAAAGAAAACGUGAAAGAAGAGUUAACUGGCACUCCAUCGUCUUCAAUCUGCACCACCACACCUAAUAUUGUUGACAACCGUUCUGCUACCUCCGCGUCUGGUACUAAGAGUAAGAGACGACUCACAUUUGAGGACUCCAAUCCAGAUUGUCCAGAGAAGAAGAUUCAUCGGCCAUAGCAAAACGUAGUUUGGUAUUAAUAAUGAGAAUCUAGGAUGUUUUUCACUCCAACAUUGUUGUUCGAGAUAAAAUUUUGUUGAUCGAAUGAUUGGGGCUCCAUUUUUCCAAUACCCAAUAAAGGAUCCAGCAGUGACAGACAAGAAAAAUAGAAAUAAGGGAGAAGUAAAUAUGAGAGAAAGGGAUAGCUAUAGCCUGGAGAAGGGAGAGAAAGAAGAAGAAGAUGAAGAAGAAGCUGACCUAGUGCAAGAAAACCAUCAAAUUCCAAGAGAAUGCUUGAAGGUGACUGAAGGUUGUGGUUAUUGCUAAUGUUUUGUCUUCAUGAUCACUUGUUGUUGUCACUUGCUCUUUCAUUAUAUUUAUUUAUUUUUGUUUUAAUUCCUUCCAUUAUUUUUGUCAUCAUGAUCAUGAAUUUUAUUGUUAAGUAUCUGUUGCCACCCUACCUUUUGAUGGGAGGCUUGGGAUGCUUUCCCCUUCUCUUUCAAUACACUGGAGCUGAAAAGUUGUGCUUUCCUGUGUAA